UAUUCUGCUUCCUGCACAGAGUGCAUCCCAUAGCAGCACAGACUCAGGCCUCAGAGCUGAUCAUGCCGUCCUGCAAUCUUCGUGGUUGGCUGAUUGCUGGAGCCUGUGCACUUCUGUUUCUUCUCCAUGUGCAGGGUAAAGACUCAGACAACCCCAUCAGGACUACCCACACGGGAAAGGUGCAGGGGAGUCUAAUCCACUUGAAUGACACCAAAGAGGGAGUCUACAUCUUCCUGGGACUUCCCUUUGCCAAGCCACCUCUAGGAGAGCUGAGAUUUGCACCUCCUGAGCCUCCUGAACCAUGGAGUGGUGUGAGGGAUGGGACCACUUACCCAGCCAUGUGUCUACAGAAUUCUGAAACAGCGGUUGCAGAAAGUCGGGCAAUGAUGAAACGGAGCAUGCCUCCCAUCUCAACUUCUGAAGACUGCCUAUAUCUCAACAUCUACACACCAGCUCAUGCCCGUGAGGGCUCCAAACUGCCUGUGAUGGUGUGGAUCCAUGGUGGCGCACUGGUUGCGGGUGUGGCUUCUGCAUAUGAUGGAUCCUUGCUGGCAGCCAGGGAGGAUGUGGUGGUGGUCACUAUCCAGUACCGCCUGGGUGUUCUGGGCUUUUUCAGCACUGGAGACCAGCAUGCCAGAGGGAACUGGGGCUACCUGGACCAAGUGGCCGCGCUGCGCUGGGUCAGGAAGAACAUUGCCCACUUUGGAGGCAACCCUUACCUUGUCACCAUCUUUGGAGAGUCUGCAGGUGGCACAAGUGUGUCUUCACAGGUUGUGUCCCCCAUGUCCAAAGGACUCUUCCACAGAGCCAUCAUGGAGAGUGGAGUGGCCCUGCUGCCUGACCUGAUCUCUAACACCUCUGAGGUGGUCUACACAAAAGUGGCCAGUUUAUCUGGUUGUGAGACUGUGGACUCAGAGACCCUGGUGCACUGUCUGAGAAACAAGAGUGAAGAGGAGAUUCUGGCUAUUAACAAGGUCUUCAAUAUCAUCCCUGCUGUGGUGGAUGGGAAGUUCUUCCCCAGGCAUCCCCAAGAGUUGUUGGCUGCUGUGGAUUUUCGCCCUGUCCCCAGCAUCAUUGGGGUCAACAAUGAUGAGUAUGGCUGGCUUAUCCCUAUGGUCAUGGGCGUUGAUCAAAUAAUAAACGGCAUAACCAGAGAGACCCUGCUGGCUAUUCUGAAGAACACAGCAACACAGAUGAUGUUACCUCCUGAGUGUGGUGACCUGCUAAUGGAAGAGUAUAUGAACAACACUGAAGAUGCUCAAACCCUCCAAAUACAGUACAAGGAAAUGAUGGCAGAUUUCAUGUUUGUAAUCCCUGCACUCCAAGUAGCAAAGUUUCAACGCAUCCGUGCCCCUGUCUACUUUUAUGAAUUCCGUCAUGUGCCCAGCUACGUCAAAGAUACGAGGCCACCCCAUGUGAAAGUUGACCAUGGCGAUGAGCUUGCCUUUGUUUUUGGGUCCUCACCCUUGGACAUAAAACCUACAGCUGUCUUCACUGAGGAGGAGAAGCUGCUGAACAGGAAAGUAAUGAAGUACUGGACCAACUUUGCACAACAUGGGAACCCCAACAGCAAGGGUCUACCCUACUGGCCCAAGAUGGUCCAUAAUGAGCAGUACCUGAAGCUGGACAUCCACCCUUCUGUGGGCCGAGCCCUGAAGGCCAGAAGGCUGAAGUUCUGGACCAAGACUCUGCCUGAGAAGAUCCAGGAGCUAAAGGGGUCUCCGGAUAAUUACAAAGAGUAGUACGCUGUGAGAGGAAUGGUGUGAAGGGCUGAAUAUACAUGGGGUCAGCCGAACAUUCUUAGAGAAUCCCGGUUAGAGUCUAACAGUCACAUCACCGUCCCUUACCGCUACAAUUGUCCAUUUGGUCUGCAUGUACGACAAACCCUUGGUGUGUCACUUUUUCCUCAGCUUGCUGGGACACCUUUUAUGAGACUUCGUGAAUGCUCCCAUGACUUUAGAUGUGUGACCCCUAAGUGCUCCAGUCUUCUUUCACUGUCCCCUGGGACAACGCCCUUUCCUUCCUUUUUCAUCUGCUCUCAUCCUCUCUCCUCUUCUCCAAGCCCCAGACAGUCUUCAGAUGAAACAAAAGCUUUGGAAAUAUUUAUUAUAUGGGAGUGGACUGUCAAAAUCCUAUGUUCUCUCAGCAAGUCUCACGUCUUCUUAUUUGUAAGUGGCCAAUAAAGAAACCUAAU